UUUACCUUCAAUGAAAGCUGAGAAGGCUGGAGCUGGAGCUGGAGCUGGAGCUGGAGCUGGUCUGUUGGACUGUUGGGUUGUUGGACUGUUGGACUGCUGCGCCUCAGAAUCAGCUCCGGAGCGGAUUCCAUACAAAGAGCGGUGGUGUUUUACGCACCUCGCUCCUCAUUGUCUUCUUUUUUUGCAUGUGCUUUGUUAUUUCCACCUUCAUCCGGAACUUUGAUUUUUGAUUCUUUCCUGACGUGCAGCAGAAGGGGGACACCGCUCACUUGGAUAACUCCUACCCCCCCACCCCCCACCCCACUGUGCCCACCUCCCCCGGUGUCAGAGGUGAUGGUACAUUCUCCAGACUCCUCUUCAGGUGAUGGUUUGUCGCUUUGGAGAUAAGGGUAAGACUUUUGGAAACGCGCGACUUUUUCCCUACAACUGUUCUUUUUUUUCUUCUUCUUCUUCUGCGGCUGUCCAAGCAUCAUGGCUCUCCGCUCUCGUCUUCUGGUCGUGCUGCUUUACGGAUGGAGUUAUCUGUGCGUUGGAUUGUGCGCGAUGCUCAAAUCGGACAAUUUCCCCACGAAACGAAAGUUGGAUUUUACGCAUGCGGUGGAUAAAAAACAUCCGGGGAAGGAAGACCCUCAGGACCUGCUUUUACAGGAUACAAUGACGGAGCACAUGCAGAUGCUUUACGCCAAGUACAACCGGGCUGGAUUUCCCUUCAAAGACGGCAACACUGUCCGCAGUUUUAAAGCGCACUGGGGUUCCAUAAACCAGAAGCAGCUGCAGAUUUUCAACCUGACGUCCCUCACCCAGUCGGAGGACGUUCUGUCGGCCACGCUGCAUUACUACAUCGGAGACCUCCAGAACGGCACCCAGGCCUGUUAUCGGAGCCGGAGCUGUGGGCGCCACGGCCCACGGCGCCACAGCCACAUCCACAUGGUCAUCUGGAGCUUCGCCUCCGUGGACAACAAAAUGAGGACUCUGGGACACUUCCGGAUCAACGUGUCCACGCAGUACAGGGAUUUCAUUUCGUGGCAGUGGAAGGACAUAACUCGUGUGGUCAAUCAGGCCAAACAUCACGACGAGCUCCUCAUCGGCAUCGACGUGGCUUCGCAGGGACCUCAACAGUGGAAGAAGCUCCUGUCCGACCGCUCGCCCUACAUCCUGGUCUACGCCAACGACUCCGCCAUUUCUGAGCCGGAGAGCGUGGUGGCCACCCUCCAGAGACACCACUCGGUGGGAGGGGAGGGCUUCCACAAACCGGGACCCCACGAGCACAACGACACCGGACGGGAACCGCCGCCGCUCAGGCACAAGCGCUCGGUCAACGUCCUGCUUCCGCUGCAGAACAACGAGCUUCCGGGACCCGAGUACCCGUACGAGACGACCGGCUGGGACGAGACCAGCCCCUACGAACCCUUCGACAACAAACAGGCUCGUCGACCGCGGAAAAAACCACGAAAGAACCAGCGGCACAAGAUGCCUCUGCUGCAGUUCGACGAGCAGACGAUUAAAAAGGCGCGAAAGAAGCAGUGGAACGAGCCCCGGAACUGUGCGCGGAGGUACCUGAAGGUGGACUUCGCAGACAUCGGCUGGAGCGAAUGGAUUAUUUCACCCAAGUCUUUCGAUGCGUUCUACUGCUCAGGGUCGUGCCAGUUUCCCAUGCCCAAGGCUCUGAAACCUUCCAAUCACGCCACCAUCCAGAGCAUCGUGCGGGCGGUGGGCGUCGUACCCGGCAUCCCCGAACCCUGCUGCGUCCCUGAGAAGAUGUCGUCUCUCAGCAUCCUGUUCUUCGACGAGGACAAGAACGUCGUAUUGAAAGUCUACCCCAACAUGACCGUGGACUCCUGCGCCUGUAGAUAGUUCUUCUUCUUCUUCACACACCUCAGCUUGCAAAAAAAAAAAAGGCUGCCGAGAAGACCCUCUUAUCUCCUCCUGUUUUCGUCACAUCCUACGUUUCUACAACAAGAAGAACAAACUCUUUUCAGACUUUUCCGAACUUCCCGUUUGCACUGGAGGAGAGUUAGAGCCCGGAGAAGGAGACGAAGGAGUCUGUUCACAGGAAGAAGGAAGGAAUGGAUGGAUGCGUCGUCGUCCUCCUGGUGGAAACUAACUGGAGUAGAACGUCUAAUUCCACACACUUCCAUUUCAACGCCAACGCCGCCGUUUUUAUCCUCACAUUUUCGUCUUCGUCGGACCAAGCAGGCAAUCGCAAAAAAGUCAAACAAGAAACAAACUGAAGCAAAACUUUAAAAAAAAAAUAAAGAAAUAAAAGGAAAAAAAAACACACUUUUCAGGACAAAAACGGUAUCGGAUGGAACUGAUGAGGGACCCGUUCUCAUCUUUCUCUCCUUUAUAGCUUGAAGUCGUCUUCGAUCAUUACCACAAAGUCACCUCUGCUCGCACUUGCAUGUUUUUUUUGUUCCUACGUGUCUGUAUUUAUGUCUGUACUAUCACUGUUAUUCACUAUAUAAGAACUAUUGCAUAAUUAUUGGCUUGGCUGCUAUAGAAAAGAUAUAUUCGAUUCCAAAGCCAGACGUGCGAUGCAGGCUAGUAGGUAAAAGCUUGCAGAUGUCGCUUUCGUUGUUCGUGUACAGAAACCAGACCUUUUUAAGAGUUUAUUAUAUGAGGAAGAGUUAAGCUACGUGUCGUUUUGUCGUCUUCGGUUUGCGAUGGGAGUUUAUUUUAGAAAGAGCUUUUAUGGGUAAAUGUCGCAUUUUACGGUGAAACAAAGGGAUUAAGCAACCGGAGAAACAAUGAAAAUGUAUUUUAAAUGUAAAGCCACAAGUCAGACAAAAUGGAAAUAUCGCUUUUACGUCAAAAAUGAGCAAAUGCAACCACAUUUUUCCACUUGCUACAAAUAGGUGAUGGACUCGUUUUACGUUGCCACUAAACAAGUUCUUGUUUUUUGUUUUUUUUUACAUCUUUGUCGGAGAACAGUCUUUCCAGUCUUAGUCGAACUCGAUACGAAGAACGAAAUUGCUGUUGAACAUUGUUACAGACAAAAGAAUAAUAAAAACUAAUGUUCCUACUUGGCUAUUUACACAACAUCCGGAAUGUCAAGAAUAGGAAAAGUGGUGAAAAAUCGCAGAUACACCUUGUAGACGCCAAUAAUGUAAUAACAGCCGAUAACGUAAUAACAGCCCAUAACAUAAUAAAUUCACCAUUUUUAAAAUGUAAUAGACAAUAACAUAAUAUCUGGCCAAUAACGUAAUAAAAGUCCUGAACCGAUAACGUAGUAACUUUUGGCCAAUAACGUUAUAACUUAUUAUGUUAUUGGCUCAGUUAUUAUAUUUGCAAAGAAUGUUUUUGUUACCAGGCCAAUAACAUAAUAAGUUAUAAUGUUAUUGGUCAAAAGUUGUUACAUUAUUGGCUCAGGACUUUUAUUACGUUUUUGGCUUAUUACAUUUUAAAAAUGGCAAAUUCAUUAUGUUUAUUAUAUGAGGAAGAGUUAAGCUACAUGUCGUUUUGUUGUCUUCGGUUUGUGGUGGGACUUUAUUUUAGAAAGAGCUUGUAUGGGUAAAUGUCGCAUUUUACGGUGAAACAAAGGGAUAAAGCAACAGAAGAAACAAUGAAAAUGUAUUUCAAGUGUAAAGCCACAAGUCAGAUGAAACGGAAAUAUCGUUUUUACGCCAAAAAUGAGGAAAUAUAACCACAUUUUUCCACUUGCUACAAGUAGGUGAUGAACUCCUUUUAUGUUGCCACUAAACAAGUUCUUGGGUUUUUUUUUUGGUUUUUUUUUACAUGUUUUGAUGUUACAAUCUUGUCGGAGAACAGUCUUUUCGGUGUUGCGUCGAACUCGAUAUGAAGAACAAAAUCGCUGUUGAACAUUGUUACAGACAAAACAAUAAUAAAAACUAAUGUUCCUACUUGGCUAUUUACGCAACAACAUCCGGAAUGUCAAGAAUAGGAAAAGUGGUGAAAAAUCGCAGAUACACCCUGUAGAAGCCAAUAAUGUAAUAACAACCGAUAACAUAAUAACCCGUAACAUAAUAAAUUUACCAUUUUUAAAAUGUAAUAAGACAAUAACAUAAUAUCUGACCACUAACAUAAUAAAAGUC